AUGCCGGUAAGUUUUUGUGUGUAUAAUGUGGCAGGAUAUAAUGAGAAGCUUAACACGAUAUUAUAUAGGGAACCCAUUUUAACGAAUAAAAAUUAUGAGAGUAAAUAUAUUAUAUUUUUUCCUGGGGAUUAUUCAAAUUUUUUCAGGAAUUCUAUAUACACAUCUUUUAAGUUACAAUCAACAUACGAAUGUACCGAUUACUGUUACAGUUAUGAGGCCCUGUUUUGGGUUAUAUCCUCGAAGUAUUUAUAUGAUCAUAUAGUAUUUAUUAAACCUAGUACUUUUUCGAAUUAUUUUUCGACCUUUUCAAAUUUUUUAAAUUCAUCUGAUAUAUCUCUGAGCACAAAUGCGAAAAAUGUACAUGCAAACAGUGCAAAUGACCGAGAGGGAAACAUAAGCAGGACUAGCAAAAACUCGUACCAAACGAACGAGGAGAGUUAUACUAACAACAAGACUACACAAGCGCAAAGUACAAAACAUUUAUUGUGUUUACUACUGUCGUUAAAUAAAACAUUGUUAGGAAGUCAAAAAAAAGGCACAACAAUUUCGUGUAAUUGUUCCCAGAUGAGAGAUGCAAAUAUGAUAGGACAACAGAGCACGAUCAGUGAAAGCGACAUAGUGAGUGAUACCCAAAUUUGCAAAAACACUGAUGAAGAAGAAACGAGAACAAGCAAAAAUAACAUUGAAGAAAAACCUUGUAACGAGUGUAACAAUAUAAAUCGGAAAGAAGGGAUAAAGGGAAAACUAAUUUUAAUUGGAUUUAGUAAAGGAUGCACAGUUUUAUUUUCUCUACUAAGAGAAGCUAAAGAAAAAUUCUUUUUUUGGUCCUUGAUUGACUCUCUUUAUUUUUUAGAUCCUAGUUUUAAUAAAAAUAUUUACAAUACGAAUAUUGAAAAUAGUGCGUUAGAGAACUUAUCACAAUACAAUAUAAAAAUAUAUAUUCAUUCUACUCCUCGUCAGAUCGUCGAUGAGAGCGGUCUAUACAUCCAUAAGGAGUUAACAAAUUUUCUUAAAUUAUUAAGACUCUUUCGUAUAUGUACGUUUCCAUAUAUACAUUAUACAAACGUCCAAAAGGUAGUUAAUCCUCUUUGUAUGCACUUUGAAAUUUUAAUUGAUUUUUCCGAGGAUAUAGAGAAAGAAGCAGAUGAACAUACCCCCCUGUUACUAUGUAGCAAAGAAUUGAAUAUCAAUUUUUGCCAAAGUAAAAAAACCAAGAUCUCUGAUUUUUUUUUCGAAAAAUGGAAGAGAAAUUCGCUCUAG